AUGGCCCAUACCAUUCAUGAGUUGGAGCGGCUGCUAGAGGAGGCUGUCAACAUUGCCCAAAUGGCGGGGACAAUAGAAGAACAAAGUAGUGCACAACCGACGACCGAGGAGAGGCCUAUAAGUCCCACCUACCGACCAUCCCAAGCCAUUGCAGUCAAGGUAGACAAUUACCUUCGGAAGGCCUCGGUGGCAUCCUCUCCAUCAUCUGACAGUUUGGUCCGUCGUGAGUCAAGUGGCCGAAGAAGGCGCACCGCUAGCCACCUGGAACCGCCACCACCACUACCGACUGCAGAGCAUUCGGAAGCAAGAAAAGCCACCUUAUCGCGAAGUAGGAAAGCGUCAGCCCAGACGACUUCGCCCUGCAAGCAUCAACAUGCCGAAGUUCUCGGGCCACCGCAGGUUGGGCCGCGCACCACGUCCUCUCGCAAUCCGCGCGACAAGCGUAGAAGCUCAGCUUCGCGCCAGUCUCCACCUGUGCUAAGGCUCAAUAGUGUUGACCUUGUAGAAGGUGAGGACGAAGAGAAGGAUCAUUUUCUGGGGAAGGGAACUUGGCUCCAGGCACCUCGACCAGGGCAUGAAAGACACUUCACGCAGAUGUUCGGAAUCGACUCCAGACAAGCGAGCAUCAACAUGGCCCACGGCAUGCCUUACCCCCUUCAGAAGAUCGAUCUCAAUGGUGUGAGGCAUGUUGAUGUCCCCGACAGUCCAGACGACUUUGACGUCCAUCAAACCUGCAAUCAUGCGCCCAUAGCUCGCAACUGGCCGGACUCCAGAAAGCGUUGGGCCGCUCUGGGAAGCUGUGUCAACACAGCCUGUCUAGGCUUCUUGAUCGGUAUCUACUCGGGGGAGGUGCCAGCGAUUCAAUACGUGAUUGUGGAUUUCGAUCGUCGGAUGAUUCUUGGGAACGUCUUUCUGUACUGCGGUCUCGCCAUACCAACCUUGGUAUUUUGGCCCUUACCUCUUCUGCACGGCCGGAAACCAUACAACAUUGCAGCUCUGGCACUGACAUUGUGUCUCCAAAUCCCCCAAGGGCUGGCUGUCAACACAUUCCGAACACCAGACGUGCGGAGAUACCGGAUACUGCUGCUCGUGUCUCGGGCUCUCUCAGGGGUCGUUUUCGGGUUUGCCAACAUAAACAAUCUUGGGACCUUGUUAGAUUGUUUUGGGGCAUCGCUCAAGAGCAGCGAGUCCAACGAAGACUUGGAAGACCCACUCGAUAUCCGGCGACACGGAGGUGGGAUGGGCGUAUGGCUAGCAGUCUGGUCUUGGUGCACGAUGGGCUCCAUUGCGCUUGGGUUCGUGGUCGGCGCCUUUAUCAUCAGCGGAGCCCCUGUCGAUUGGGGCUUCUGGGUCUCCUCGAUGCUACUCAUGGUUGUGCUCCUGCUCAAUAUCAUAGCCCCGGAGGUGCGUCGUUCAGCAUUUCGCAGGACAAUGGCAGAAAUGCUGGGAGAAGGCGGUAGCUUCAGCAGGGUGGCUCGAGGGGAAGUCAAAAUGCACUUGACCGGAAAUGGGCCUUAUUGGUGGGGCGAAGAGGUGCUUGCUGGUCUCCGACUGAACUGGAAGAUGGUGAAGCAACCCGGGUUCCUUGUGCUAUCCAUAUAUGCGGCCUGGGUCUACGCCCAGUUCACGCUGGUAUUGAUGCUGCUGGGAGCACUGGCUUCCACCCGAUAUCGGUACAGACCUGUCGAUGUUGGGCUUUGCGUCCUAUCUUUGGGUAUAGGGUCAAUCAUUGCCAUUCCUUUUCAGAAAGCAUCGUGGCUCAGUCGUGCUCGGUAUCUUCCUCCGAGGACAAACAGCAUGACCCUUGAGAGCGCAAUUGGGUGGACUUCCCACACGCUUCGGAGGACCUUGUGGAUGGUGUUUUUGCCACUGGCAGCCAUUGGUUAUGCUCUGACCUCGAAAGGGCCUGUCUUUCCUGUUGCGGUACCUUGUCUGUUUGCCGGGCUGGUUGGAUAUGCUUCUGUCCUUGGAAUUGGCGAAUGCUACGCUUUGAUGAUGCAAACCUUUGAUACCUCCGACCUGCAACCUGGAAUGACGGGUCGACCGGCGCGGCAGUCCGUGGUGCAACGAUACCGGCAGCAAAGGACCAAUUUCUCGUGCUACCCAAGAAUCAGCGCAGGCAUUGCCGUCACACAAUUUCUGAAAUUCGUUUUCGGGGCAGUAUCCACGGGAAUAUGUGGACGGCUAGAGAGAAGAUAUGGCGCAAUGCAAGCCGCCGGCAUUGUUGCGGGUGUUCUUCUGGUCUUAACCCUGCUGGUUGUGGUGGUCCUGGUCCGCUGGAGAAAAGUGCAAAUGACCCCUAGCAGCCAAGAUAGAGACUAUGAGCAGCACGAGGGGUGGGAGCCAGUAGUACUCGGAGACCCGGGGAGCGUGGCUCGCAAGAUCAGUCUGCUGGAAGCUGGCGACUUGACUCGAUGGUCAGAAAUCCGACGCAGGAACCGACUAGAGAUUGGACUGACACGCCGCUGA